CCGGGAGGGCUGCUGAUCCGCUCUAGCCCAGGUCGUGUUCAGGCCGCGACCGUUCACUCCCGGGACACCCCGGGCCCACGCGGAGCGCGUAGCGGCUGCGACGGCACCCCUGACAAGGGACGCGCGCCAGGAAUCCUAAAACCAAAACAUUAGAACAAAAACAGAAACAUGGCUCACCAUAUUACAUUUCUUUGGAUAAUUUUGAUCCUGCUUCUUCAGAAUUCUGUAUUAGCUGAAGAUGGGGAAAUAAGAUCAAGUUGCCGUACUGCUCCAACAGAUUUAGUUUUCAUCUUGGAUGGCUCUUACAGUGUUGGCCCAGAAAACUUUGAAAUAGUGAAAAAGUGGCUUGUCAAUAUCACAAAAAACUUUGACAUAGGACCGAAGUUUAUUCAGGUUGGAGUGGUUCAGUAUAGUGACUACCCUGUCCUGGAGAUUCCCCUUGGGAGCCACGAAUCAGGAGAGAAUUUGAUGGCAGCUAUGGAGUCCAUACACUACUUGGGAGGAAACACAAAGACUGGAAAAGCCAUCCAGUUUGCCCUUGAUUACCUUUUUGCCAAGUCUUCACGAUUGCUGACAAAGAUGGCAGUAGUCCUUACGGAUGGUAAAUCCCAAGAUGAAGUCAAGGAUGUGGCAGAAGCAGCAAGAGACAGUAAAAUAACACUAUUUGCCAUCGGUGUUGGUUCAGAAACAGAAGACGCAGAACUUAGAGCUAUUGCCAACAAGCCUUCAUCUACUUACGUGUUUUAUGUGGAAGACUAUAUUGCAAUAUCCAAAAUAAGGGAGGUGAUGAAGCAGAAACUUUGUGAAGAAUCUGUCUGUCCAACACGAAUUCCAGUGGCAGCUCGUGAUGAGAAGGGGUUUGAUAUUCUUUUAGGCUUGGGUGUAAAGAAAAAGGCUAAGAAAAGAAUUCAGCUUUCACCAACAAAGAUAAAAGGAUAUGAAGUGACAUCAAAAGUCGAUUUAUCAGAACUCACAAGCAACGUUUUCCCAGAAGGUCUUCCUCCAUCAUAUGUAUUUGUCUCCACUCAGAGAUUUAAGGUCAAAAAAGUGUGGGAUUUAUGGAGAAUUUUAACCAUUGACGGAAGGCCACAAAUAGCAGUUACUUUAAGUGGAGUGGAUAAAACUUUAUUAUUUACAACAACCAGCAUCAUUAAUGGCUCACAACUGGUCACCUUUGCUGACCCUCGAGUUAAGACAUUAUUUGAUGAAGGCUGGCAUCAAAUUCGUCUCUUAGUAACCGAACAAGAUGUAACUCUGUAUAUUGAUGAUCAACAAAUUGAAAACAAGCCCUUACAUCCAGUUUUAGGGCUGUUCAUCAGUGGGCAAACCCAAAUUGGAAAAUACUCUGGGAAAGAAGAAACCGUUCAGUUUGAUGUCCAAAAGUUACGAAUCUACUGUGACCCAGAGCAGAACAACCGGGAGACAGCAUGUGAGAUUCCUGGAUUUAACGGUGAGUGCUUCAAUGGUCCCAGUGAUGUUGGUUCAACGGCAGCUCCCUGUAUUUGUCCUCCAGGAAAACCAGGACUACAAGGCCCCAAAGGUGACCCUGGACAGCCUGGGAACCCUGGAUACCCUGGACAACCUGGUCAAGAUGGUAAGCCUGGAUAUCAGGGAAUGGCAGGAUCACCAGGUGUUCCAGGAUCCCCAGGAAUACAAGGAGCACGAGGACUACCAGGUUAUAAAGGAGAACUGGGGAGAGAUGGAGAAAAGGGUGACCGUGGACUUCCUGGUUUUCCUGGGCUUCAUGGAAUGCCAGGAUCAAAGGGUGAAAUGGGUCCCAAGGGAGAUAAAGGAUCACCUGGAUUUUAUGGCAAAAAGGGUGCAAAAGGUGAAAAGGGGAAUGCUGGUUUUCCUGGCCUUCCUGGACGUGCUGGAGAACCAGGAAGACAUGGAAAGGAUGGAUUAAUGGGUAGCCCUGGUUACAAGGGAGAAGCAGGACCUCCAGGUGCUCCAGGGCAGGAUGGAUCACGGGGUGAGCCUGGAAUCCCAGGAUUUCCUGGAAACCAAGGAUUAAUGGGACAAAAAGGAGAAAUUGGGCCUCCAGGACCACUAGGAAAAAAAGGAGCUCCGGGGAUACCUGGUUUGAUGGGAAGCGACGGCUCACCAGGUCAGCCUGGAGCCCCAGGAUCUAAGGGAAAUAAAGGUGAACCUGGACUUCAAGGGCUGCCUGGGGCUUCUGGACUCAAGGGAGAACCAGGAGCAGUGGGUCUGCCAGGAGAACCAGGAUACCUGGGUUUACCUGGAAUUCAAGGGAAAAAGGGGGACAAAGGAAAUCAAGGCGAAAAGGGCAUUCAGGGUCAAAAGGGAGAGAAUGGAAGACCAGGGAUUCCAGGGCCACAGGGAAUUCAAGGCCAUCAUGGUACAAAAGGAGAGAGAGGUGAAAAGGGAGAGCCUGGUGCCAGAGGUGCCACUGGACCCAAAGGAGAAUCUGGAGUGAAUGGUCUGAUGGGGCCUACGGGUCCCCAGGGGCAACCCGGGGAAGCAGGUCCUCAGGGACCCCCAGGACUAGAUGGGAAGCCCGGGAGAGAAUUUUCAGAACAGUUUAUUCGACAAGUUUGCACUGAUGUAUUAAGAGCCCAGCUACCUGUCUUACUUCAAAGUGGAAGAAUUCAGAGUUGUGAUCACUGCCAGUCCCAGCGUGGCUCUCCUGGUAUUCCUGGGCCACCUGGUCCCAUGGGCCCAGAAGGUCCCCGAGGAUUCCCUGGUUUGCCAGGAAGAGAUGGUGUUCCUGGAUUAAUGGGAGCUCCGGGACGCCCAGGUGCCAAAGGAUUAAAAGGCUUACCAGGACGAAAUGGGGCAAAGGGGAGCCAAGGGCUUGGGUACCCUGGAGUACAAGGUCCUCCUGGUCCCCCAGGUCCAGAGGGCCCCCCUGGAAUAAGCAAAGAAGGUCCUCCGGGAGACCCAGGUCUCCCCGGCAAAGACGGAGACCACGGAAAACCUGGAAUCCAAGGGCAGCCAGGACCCCCGGGCAUCUGUGAUCCAUCACUGUGUUUUAGUGUCAUUGUCAGAAGAGAUCCCUUUAGAAAAGGACCAAACUAUUAGUGUCUGAUGCCUCAUUCAGCAGCCUAGGCAUGGUGCUCUUCUUUUGUGGUCUUUGCAUCUCAGGAAGAUAACAACAGUAAUCCCUUGAAAAGAAACUCAUGUACCUCGGUGUUUUUAUUAUUGUUUCUUUCCUUAAUGAAAAAUAUAGAAAAGGUCACAUAUACCGAUUUUAAAGGCUCCUCAGUUCUUCAGAGCCUUUAGAUUAGUAGCAUUAACUAAAUCUCAAGGGUUUCUUGUAAGUCCAUUCAUUUUAGUCAAAGUCAAAUAUAAAAAAACACCAUUGCCUGUCAGCCAGUCAGUUUCAGUCACUGUGAAAAAUUUCACAUUCAGCCUCCAUGCAGCAGAGUAUUUGAGUUCAACUUCCUGUCUGUGUGAAUUUCAUGUUUCAUAGCUCAUAGCUCACACUUCUACAUUAGUCCAAACGUGCAUCUGGACAUGGGAGAUGAGAUCAGGGCUGAUAUUCAGUUUGGGAACAGACCGUAUUGCCAUAUCAGCCCUUACUCCAGUGUCUGUGCUUACCAGACAGUGGUGAUGGACUGUUGGGAUUGUUCAGUGUUUUGAAUAUCACCUCUGAACAUUCUGGAAAAAAAGUUUCACUGGACCUGGUCAAUAUGUUCAAAGGAAUGGUAAGUUCAGAAAUACCAAAAAGACUUUCUUCUUCAUACUUGCUUAGUAAUUGGAAUGUUUGUUGCAUGCCUUCAUUUUCCAUUUCAGUUAUUACAUGUGUACAUUCAUAUAUGUUAACUUUUAUUGUAGCAAAGCUAGUGGGAAUCAAUGCUCUAGUUGACAGGAAAGGUAACUCCACAAAUCCUAGGAUGUCUUGAUAUUUUUAGCAGACUUUAAAAUAUUAUAAACAGUCUUUGUGUACUGUACUUAAUGCUUUUGUAAGGAACAUAAUUUGAGAUAUUCCAUCUUUAUCAUGCUCUAAAUUUUGUUACUUUGCUUAUUAUUCAAAGUACAAUAAAGUUUUGAACAGGCCUGAA